AUGACGGGGCAGGGUGCAGUGGACAGGCCCCUGUCCUCCCACCGCCCGUCUGUAGGGAGUGCCCUGGACGAUGAUCUGGAUGGAACCGAUAGCAUCCUCAGCCGAUCCCAGUCGGUGUGUGAUGACACCUCUUCUGAGCUCCAGAGGGUUGCGACCUUGGAUCCUCAUGAUGAUCCCUCGAGAAGCUCCUUCAGGGGGAGAGGUGCACUUUCUCGGCUGGUGACCUUGGUGGUCACUCUAAGAGACUGGGCUCACCGCAGCUUGAUUGAAGAGGAAGAGAGGCCAGAUUCCUUCCUGGAGCGCUUCCGAGGUCCCGAGAUACGGCCCCCGCCAAGCCGCCUCAGCAACAAGCAAACCGACGCCAAUGGCAACAUGGAAAAAGGCACCAUCAAGAAGAAGAGGGAAACAUUUGUGAUAUCGGCAUCAGACAACAUAUAUUACCGCUGGCUUUUUUUCAUCGCUGCAGCUGUGCUUUACAAUUGGGUCCUGCUGGUGGCCAGGGCAUGUUUCGAUCGUCUACAAACUAAUAACUUCAUCAUGUGGCUGGUUUUAGACUACUUUUGUGACGGUAUCUACAUCCUGGACACAUUUAUACGUCUACGCACAGGAUUCCUUGAGCAGGGACUGCUGGUGAAGGACCUGUCCAGGCUUCGCGACAGCUACGUCCACACUCUCCAGUUCAAACUGGAUGUGCUGUCCAUGGUGCCCACCGACUUCAUCUACUUUGUCACCGGAAUCCACACCCCUCAGCUGCGCUUCAACCGCCUGCUCCGCUUCCCGCGCAUGUUUGAGUUUUUCGACCGCACCGAGACACGCACCAACUACCCCAACAUCUUCCGAAUCUGCAACCUGGUCCUCUACAUCCUGAUCAUCAUCCACUGGAAUGCUUGCAUCUAUUAUGCCAUCUCCAAGUCUCUGGGGUUUGGCUCAGACCAGUGGGUCUACCCCAACAUCUCCAACCCGGAGUUUGGGGCUCUGACACGCAGCUACGUCUAUUGCUUGUACUGGUCCACCCUCACUCUUACCACCAUCGGGGAGAUGCCUGCUCCUGUCCGAGACGAAGAGUACGUGUUUGUCGUGUUUGACUUCCUGGUUGGCGUGCUGAUCUUUGCCACUAUUGUGGGAAACGUGGGGUCCAUGAUUUCCAACAUGAAUGCCACGCGUGCCGAUUUCCAGGCACGGAUCGACGCCAUCAAGCACUACAUGCACUUCCGUAAGGUCAGCAAGCAACUGGAGACCAGAGUCAUCAAAUGGUUCGACUACCUCUGGACCAAUCAGAAGGCUGUGGACGAACAGGAAGUGCUCAAGAACCUUCCAGACAAGCUGCGGGCAGAGAUUGCAAUCAACGUGCACCUGGCCACGUUGAAGAAGGUGCGCAUCUUCCAGAACUGCGAGGCUGGACUGCUGGUGGAGCUGGUCUUGAAGCUUCGCCCUCAGGUAUACAGUCCUGGAGAUUACAUCUGCCGCAAGGGGGACAUUGGAAAAGAGAUGUACAUCAUCAAGGAGGGUCAAUUGGCCGUUGUGGCUGACGACGGGGUCACUCAGUUUGCCCUCUUGACCGCUGGCGGAUGCUUCGGAGAGAUCAGCAUCCUUAACAUUCAGGGCAGCAAAAUGGGCAACAGGCGCACUGCGAACAUCCGCAGCCUCGGCUACUCUGACCUGUUCUGUCUGUCCAAAGACGACCUGAUGGAGGCCGUGACAGAGUACCCCGAUGCACAGAAGGUUCUAGAAGAACGCGGCAGGGAGAUCCUGAUGAAACAGGGGCUACUGGAUGAGAGUGCGCCCGCCGGAGGUAUAGUUGUUAUAGACACUGAGGAGAAGGUGGAGAGGCUGGAGUCUUCUCUGGACGUGCUGCAGACACGCUUCGCUCGCCUGCUCGGGGAGUUUGCUUCCAUGCAGCAGCGCCUCAAGCAAAGGAUCACCGCUCUUGAACGUCAGCUCUGUCACACGGGUCUCGGGUGUCUGUCAGACCACGAGGCAGACUUGGACACGGACACAAACACUAACCCUAACACAACUGCGCAAGUUCACACAGAAUCACAAGCAGAGACUCUCGAAAGAGCAGACAUACCCGUAGACGCACAAGCAGAUGCUGUGGACACAGCUGAGGCCAAUGGGCCAUUGAUGCCUAGCCCUGCAGAGACAAAUAAUCCGAUGACAAAUGAGAGACAAGCUCAACCAAGAGAUGAAACGUGACUUUGAGCAACAUUGAGACAUGGCCCUUCCAUGUGCACAACUGUGCAAAUCCACUAUGAGCCAGUCAACCCAUACAACCCUUGGAGGAAGACCUAACACUGCCUGGGUUGGCACCGAGGACACUCGAGACAUUAUGAUUUGGAGACAGCACUGAGACUUUGAAGCACAGUUAGCUGAGCUGUAGAGGGGAAAGGCACGCUUAUGUGCGGGAUGAAAAGCACAAGUGGCAUGACUUUCUCUGUCCACAUGGGACAAGCACCCUGAGCACCCAAGUGUUGCUAUGUGACUCAACGAGUGCAUGUUUACACAUGACUGAGUGCUGAUGACACAUGCUCUGAAAUGGGAAGGUUAACCAAGGGCUCCACUGUACAAACUGGACUUGGAUUUCCAUCAGCUCUCUAACGUUAUUCAUUAUCUGGGGUUUUAAGCCAUUUUGAAAUUCAUGUAUUUAAGCUUGAUGUCAUUGUAGGGAAUAAAUAUCAGAGAAUUAGGCCUACACAUGCCUUAGCUAUUCUGCAUUUUGUGUGCCAUGUUGUAUACCAUGCUCAAAUAUCCAGUCAUUUCACUAUUAAAGAAAACACUGUUGUGGUUAUACCAUUCACUGAAUAUUAUUCCAUAAGCAUCUGAUCUACCAGAACACCUUACUGUAUGCCAGUGUACCAUGAUGAGUUAUUGUGACAUUAUAGCCCAUUCAGGGAUUUUCAAGCGUGCACACCUAAACUUUUGCAAAGGAAGUCUCACAUUAUUGUCACUGAUGCUUGAGUGAGAAGAUUGAGAACAUAACACCUCUGUGCGACUAUGCAUAGCCUAGAUGUUGAAAACAAAAGGCUGAUUGUAUUUGUGUUAAUAUCAAUUAAAUGAUUCAAUGAA